AUGCAGCUGGAAGCUUUGGUGGUAGUGCAGAAGCCCAACCCCCGCUCACCUCGGUCAGGGGCACCCAUGUCCCUCUACCUGCAAACAGAGGUGGAGGCCUUGGCACUGCAGAAGUGGGGCGGCCAGGAUGGGCUUGACAAGGAGCGGACUCGCAGGCUUGCCAAGAGGCUGGAGCGCGCCCAGGCCAAAGCAGGAACUUCCGCCUCGCAACAGAGCGCCUCGCAGCAGAGCACGCCAGAGGGAGGCCUGCCAACAGCAGACUGCUUGGUGGAUCGCAGAGGCGAUGCUGGUGCCAGCUCAUCAGCCGCACCCAGAGCCCAGCAGCAGCUGAGAGAGCUGCCAGAGUUCAUCACCGAGCGAAUCAGAGACUUCCGCAGCGGCAACACUGCGGACUGGCGAGGAGCAGCAGGCAGCAGGGGCGAUGGCAGGCCUGUGCUGUACUGGAUGCGGACUGCGCUCCGCGGUCACGAGAAUCCGGCGUUGGAUGUGGCCCGGGCGGCGGCUGAGCGGCGGGGGGUGCCCCUGCAUAUCGCAGCGUUCCUGCUGAGGAGCCACACACACCCCACAGAACGGCGCUACUCCUUCUGGAUGCAGGGCCUGCGCGACACCCAGCUGGAGCUGCGCCAGCAGGGAGUGGAGCUGCUGGUGUACCUGGACGGCAUGAGUGGGCCCCAGUCGGAAGGCUGGGCCGCACUGACGGCAUUGGCGGCUGCCUCCUCGCUGGUGAUCACCGAGGAGAUGCCCGUGUCUCCUUACGCACAAUGGACAAAGGAUCUGGCGGCUGCUCUGCCACCGGACGUGGCGGUGUGGGCGGUGGACACGGCGUGCCUGUACCCCAUGCGGCUGACGGCGCGCGCACCGGCCAAGGCCUACAUCUUCCGCUCGUCCACGGACCGGCCGCGUCGCGAGCGGCUGCAGCGCUUGCCCUACACCGACGGCGCCACUGACUGGGCCCGGCUGCUCGGUGGCGCCGCUGCUGUCGCCAAGGGAAUGGAGGAGCUGAGGGAGGAUCCCCCGGCGAGGGGUCCCAUUCCAGAGGGGCUGGGGUGGGACCCCCUGAAUUUGUCGGCGCCGGGGGCCGACAUCGCAGCGCUGCUGGCCCAGUGCGAUUGGAUUGACCGCCGCGUGCCAGCGGUCAGCCACAUGCACGGGGGGUCCGGGGAGGGGUACGCGCGCUGGGAGGCCUUCCGCACCAAGGGCCUUGACCUGUAUGCCGCCCAUCGCAACAACGCCCUCAAACGGGACGGUGUGAGCCGAUUGUCGGCUUACCAUCACUAUGGCAUGGUGAGCCCCUUCAAGGUGGCACGCGACGCGCUGCUGGCGCGCAGCAAUGGGGCCACCAAGUACGUGGACGAGUUCUUCACCUGGCGAGAGGUCGCGCACGCCUUCUGCCUCCGCUCCUGGCCCGUCCUCGAGAACGUGCAGGCGCUGCCGCAGUGGGCGCAGCAGACGCUGGGCAGGCACAGCGGCGACGCGCGCGAGUGCAAGAGCAUGCGGCAGCUGGAGGAGGGGACCACAGGGGACCACAUCUGGGACUCCAUGCAGCACCAGCUCAAAACCACCGGCGAGCUGCACAACAACCUGCGCAUGAAAUGGGGCAAGGCGUUCCUGCCCUGGCUGCCGACGCCGGACGCGGCCAUCGCGGCGGCGUGCCACGUGAACCACCGCUACGCGCUGGAUGGCUGCGACCCGUGCUCCUACGGCGGCAUCCUCUGGUGCUUCGGCCUCUUUGACAAGCCCAUGGGCGCCGAGUCAACGCCGAUCUUUGGUCAGGUCCGGCGCAUGACCACGUCUUCCAUUGCGAAUCGGCUCAACUGGAACGCGUACCGGGCCCUCCCCGUCGCCGCUUUCGGCGCUGCCGCGGUCGCCGGGCCGGCUGCUGCCGGCGGCGCCGGUGGCGGUGGCACGCAGCCGUCGAUAGAGAGCUUCUUUAAGCCGCGCAAGAAGGCCAGGGCUGCUUGA